CUGACGUCAGCUGUCUCUUUCCUGCCUAUGCCCUGGUGAGGUGGGCAGCGUAACAUUUCCUGUCUCUUUUCGCCACUAAGCGGAUCCAAAACCAUCCGUCAAAAUGGUGAACUUUACAGUCGACCAGAUCCGUGCCAUCAUGGACAAGAAGUCCAACAUCCGUAAUAUGUCUGUGAUUGCGCACGUCGAUCACGGCAAGUCAACUCUGACAGACUCGCUCGUGUCAAAGGCUGGCAUCAUUGCCUCAUCUCGUGCCGGAGAAACCCGUUUCACCGACACACGUAAAGAUGAACAGGAACGUUGCAUCACCAUUAAGUCAACCGCCAUCUCCCUCUUCUACGAACUGGCUGAAACUGAUUUGGCCUUCAUUAAGCAGACCAAGGAUGGCGCUGGCUUCUUGAUCAAUCUGAUUGACUCUCCAGGUCACGUUGACUUCUCCUCUGAAGUGACUGCUGCUCUCCGUGUCACUGACGGAGCCCUGGUUGUUGUGGACUGUGUGUCUGGUGUUUGUGUGCAAACUGAGACCGUGCUCCGUCAGGCCAUUGCUGAGCGCAUCAAGCCAGUCCUGAUGAUGAACAAGAUGGACCGUGCCUUGUUGGAGUUGCAGCUGGAGCCUGAAGAUCUUUACCAAACUUUCCAGCGUAUUGUUGAGUCAGUCAAUGUCAUCAUUGCCACUUAUGGAGAAGAGGAUGGGCCGAUGGGACAUCUCCCGGUCUCCCCAGUGAUUGGCACUGUGGGCUUUGGCUCUGGGCUCCAUGGCUGGGCUUUCACUCUGAAGCAGUUUGCUGAAAUGUAUGCAGCCAAGUUUGCUGCCAAGAGCAACACCCAGAUGACUGCAGAGGAGAACUGCAAGAAGGUUGAAGACAUGAUGAAGAAGCUGUGGGGUGAUAGGUACUUUGAUCCUGCCACUGGAAAGUUCUACAAGGCUAGCAAUCUACCUCCAGGUUCCAAGCUCCCCCGCACCUUUGUUGCUCUCGUCCUGGACCCCAUUUUCAAGGUGUUCAAUGCUAUCAUGAACUUCAACAAAGAGGAAACUGCCAAACUCCUCAGUAAGCUGGAGAUCAAGCUGGAUAGUGAGGACAAGGACAAGGAAGGUAAGCCUCUUCUGAAGGCUGUGAUGCGUCGCUGGCUGCCUGCCGGAGAGGCUCUCCUUCAGAUGAUCACCAUCCACCUGCCUUCCCCCGUCACUGCCCAGAAGUACCGCUGCGAAAUGCUCUACGAAGGACCUAUGGAUGAUGAGUGUGCCAUGGGUAUCAAGAACUGUGACCCCAAGGCGCCUUUGAUUGUGUACAUCUCCAAGAUGGUACCCACCAACGACAAGGGUCGCUUUUAUGCAUUUGGUCGUGUGUUCUCUGGAUGCGUCUCCACUGGCAUGAAGGUACGCAUUAUGGGACCAAACUAUGUCCCUGGAAAGAAGGACGAUCUCUUCAUUAAGCCGAUCCAGAGGACCAUUUUGAUGAUGGGUCGUUAUGUUGAGCCCAUUGAGGAUGUGCCAUGUGGUAACAUCUGUGGUCUGGUUGGAGUGGAUCAGUUCCUUGUCAAGACUGGAACCAUCACCACCUUUGAGCAGGCACACAACAUGAAAGUGAUGAAGUUCAGUGUCAGCCCUGUCGUGAGAGUUGCUGUGGAGGUCAUCAAUCCUGCUGACCUGCCCAAGCUGGUGGAGGGUCUGAAGCGUCUGUCCAAGUCUGAUCCUAUGGUGCAGUGCAUCAUUGAAGAGUCCGGAGAACAUAUUGUUGCUGGCGCUGGAGAGUUGCAUCUGGAGAUCUGUCUGAAGGAUCUGGAGGAGGAUCAUGCUUGUGUUCCACUCAGGAAAUCUGAUCCAGUGGUGUCCUACAGGGAGACGGUCAGCGUGGAAUCAAGUGUGGUGUGUCUCUCAAAGUCUCCCAACAAGCACAACCGUCUGUUCAUGAAGGCCGCUCCCUUGGAGGAUGGUUUGGCAGAGGCCAUUGAGAAGGGUGACAUUACACCUCGUCAGGAGAUGAAACUCCGUGCCAGAUACCUUGCUGAUACUCACGACUGGGAUGUUGGAGAGGCCAGAAAGAUCUGGUGCUUUGGACCUGAUGGAACUGGCCCUAAUCUUUUGGUGGAUGUCACAAAGGGAGUGCAGUACCUUAAUGAGAUCAAGGAUAGCGUUGUGGCUGGCUUCCAGUGGGCAGUCAAGGAGGGUGUCCUCUGUGAAGAGAACAUGCGUGCCGUUCGCUUCAACGUCCAUGACGUGACCCUGCAUACAGAUGCUAUUCAUCGUGGUGGCGGUCAGAUUAUCCCAACAGCUCGCAGAUGCCUGUAUGCAUGCCAGCUCACUGCAGAGCCCAAAAUGAUGGAGCCAGUCUACCUGGUGGAGAUUCAGUGUCCCGGGUCUGCAGUCGGUGGAAUCUACGGUGUGUUGACCAAGAGACGUGGUCACGUCUUUGAGGAGGUCGCUAUCACAGGAACACCCAUGCGUGUCACCAAGGCCUUCCUGCCUGUCAUGGAGUCAUUUGGUUUCACAGCUGACCUUCGUUCCCACACUGGUGGCCAGGCCUUCCCACAGUGUGUGUUUGACCACUGGCAGAUCCUCCCCGGAGAUCCAACCGACCCUGCGUCCAAGCCCGGUAUUGUUGUCACCGACGCCCGCAAACGCAAGGGGCUCAAGGAAGGUGUCCCAUUGCUGGAUAACUACCUGGAUAAAAUGUAAUUGCUUUGACUACACUUGGCUCUCGCCUCAUUCCUCCCUUCCCAAAAAAUUAAGUCUACAUUGGGGGACUGGACUAUACAGAACAAAGUGAGCACUAACGUUUGCCAAAAGGAUUCAAAAUAAUGAAUAAACACCCACAAAAAUUGUAAACUAUAAAUAAAAUAAAAAUAAAAACCAAUGAUAA